UAUCAAACUGUGUGAGAGAAAGAGUGGAGUGGUCUGGUCUCCCAUAGCAACCAAUCACAGUUCAGCUUUCACUUUACCAGAGUUCAUUAUCUGACAUGUGAUUGGCUGUUGUGGUCACUCCCCUUUUUCUCUCACACAGAUUGAUAAAUCUUGCCAGCGUGUACUGAGAGUGAGAAAUUGAUUGUAUUGUGCGUAAAUUGUGUGAAAAAAACAAUGUCUGGAAUGAGAGAAAUUGUGUCUGUGGUGUCUGGGAGAGAGGAUGGUGACGGUGAGCGUGCUGUUGUGGAUGUGAGUGAUAGAGCAUGUGUGAGUGAGCGUGCUGUUGUGGAUGUGAGUGAUAGAGCAUGUGUGAGUGAGCGUGCGGAUGAUGAGUGUAGUGGUGGCGUGGAGAGGAGAGGAGAGAAGAGGAGGAGUAAAGUCCGAGCAUGUCCAAUCGCAAGACAAAGUGGUUGGGCAAUAUCGGACUCUGGCAGUGGCAGCCACACAUCUGAGUCUGAGAGUCUGCACUCAGUGGGAGUCCCACCAGCCAAAAAACAAAGAGGGCCGAAAUUCACGGAGGCAGAGAACGUAGCACUGGUGGCUGCUGUUAGCACAGAAAAAUCCGUGUUAUUCAACACGACAGUGGGUACCCAGGAGAAGAUGGCCGCCUGGAGCCGGGUGAGGGAGAAAGUGUCCCAAGUUGCAAGUGGCACAGCGGACAGGACAGUUCUCAGCAUCAGGCAUCGGUACUAUGACUGCAGGGCAUCAGUCCUCAAAAAAAUAAAAAAGCAGCAGCAGAGGAGGAACAUCAACUUCAAGAACUGGGAGCUGGAGUUGAAGAAGCACCUCCUGCCAGAGGCUCAGACAUCCGAGGCAGAGAGAUCUGAUCAACAAGGCCAGGCUUCAUUAAGGAGUCACCAUGACAGUUCCCCACCAUCACCUGUCCUGUCACAUUUGGAGAGCCGGAGUGAGGUUGAGGCAGAUGAUAAUGUGCCAGUACCUGAGGAGGACAUGGGCCAACCCCUGAGCUCAGCUGCCUGUUCACCAGCUAUCCACAGUCCACCCAGUCCACUAUCUCCAACCCCAGCACCCGCAUCUGUCCCAAUGGACACGUACCUUAGGGUACUCCAAGAAAGGGACAGGUUGUCCAGGGAGACGAGGCACCUUGCACGGGAGAUGCGACGCUUGAAUAGGACCAUGCACCAACUUCACCGACGGCAGGCUGACGACAUCCAAGUGAUGUUGGCCCGGGUCAGCCAGCAGCACCUUCAGGCCACAGCACAGCUAAGGGUGGACCUCCUGACGGCAAUAUCAAGAAUCAGCCAAUCACCUCCAUUGGCUGACACCAGCAGCAGCAACAAUGGGGCACCUUCACAAACCUAA